AUGGCAUCGCGCGGGCGCAUCCGCUCGCUCGAGAUCGAGAACUUCAAGUCCUUCGGCGGCAAGAACGUGAUCGCCUUCCGCGGCUUCACGAGCGUCGUCGGCCCGAACGGCGCGGGCAAGUCGAACCUCAUGGACGCGGUGUCGUUCGUGCUCGGCAUCCACUCGCGGCACCUGCGGUCGAGCAAGCUCAUCGAGCUGCUCCACAAGGGCCCCGGCGCGUCGCGGGGCUCGCGGCGCGCGACGGUCGCGCUGACCUACGAGCGGCCGAGCGCGGACCCGAUCGUCUUCUCGCGCACGAUCUCGCCCGUCGGCGUCGGCGCGCCGCCGCGCGCGUACCGGCUCGACGGCGCGGAGGUGACGCGGGAGGCCUACGAGGAGACGCUCAAGGGCAUCGGCGUGCUCGUCAAGGCGCGGAACUUCCUCGUCUUCCAGGGCGACGUCGAGUCGCUCGCGUCGAAGUCGAGCGGCGAGCUCACGGCGCUCUUCGAGCAGAUCUCCGGGAGCGAGGACUUCAAGGCCGAGUACGACACCCUUAAAGCGGCCAAGGACGCCGCCGAGGAGGCGUCCAUCGUCGCGUUCCAGUCCAAGAAGGGCCUCGCGGCCCAGCGGCGCGCGGUCAAGGGCCAGCGCGACGAGGCGGACAAGUACGCGGGCCUCGACCGCGAGCUCGGCCGCGCCAAGGUCGACUACUUCCUCUGGCAGAUCCGCCACGCGCGGGACCGCAUGGCCGAGACGGGCGCCGCCGUCGCCGCCGCCGGCGAGGACCUCGCGGCCGCGGAGGCCGCGGAGGCGGACGCCGCGCGGCGCGCGACGGAACGGACGCGCGGCGCCCAGGCCGCUCAAAAAGCGCUCGCGGCCGCCGAGGCGAAGCGCGCGGCCUCGCGGAGCGCGCUGCGCGGCGACGUCGCGCCCCAGGCGACGCUCGAGGCCACGCGCGUCGCGGCGGCGAACGCGCUGCGCGAGUGCCGCGACGCGCUGCCCGGCGGCCGCGGCGCGGCCAAGGAGGCGGAGCGCGCCGAGCGCGUCGCGACGCUCCAGCGCCUCUUCCGCGGCGUUUUGGGCCGCUUCGUCGACGUCUGCCGGCCGGCGCAGCGCAAGUACAACGUCGCCGUCGCCGUCGCCGCGGGCAAGUUCAACGAGGCCAUCGUCGUCGAGACGCGCCAGUGCGCCGUCGACUGCAUCCGCUACCUGCGCGACGCGCGCCUCGGCAGCGCCCUCUUCCUGCCGCUGGACGGCAUCGACCCGCCGCGCGCGGACGAGCGGCUCCGGAGCCUGGGGCCGGGCUACCACCUCGCCGUCGACGUCGUCCAGUGCGACGCGGCCGUCGCCAAGGCCGUCGCCUACGCCGUCGGCGCCACGGUGGUCUGCGACGACCUCGACGGCGCGCGCCGGCUCUGCUACGGGCCCGACGCCGACGGCCGGCCGCCGGUGAAGGCCGUGACCCUGAAGGGCGCGCAGAUCGCCAAGUCGGGCACGAUCACGGGCGGCGCGUACGGCUCCGGCGCGCCGGGCCUCAGCGACCGCGCGCCGGGCAAGGCCUGGCGCGCGAGCGACGCCGUGGCGCUGGAGGCGAAGGCGACGGAGGCCGCGGCCGCCGCGCGCGAGUCGCGCGACGCGCGCGCGGAGGUCGAGGCGAAGCUGCCCGAGCUCCAGGCCGCGGUGGCCAAGCUCGAGGCGACGGCCAAGUGGGCCGCCAAGGACGCCGACAAGGCCGCGGCCGCCAAGAAGGAGGCCCUCGCCCGCGAGAAGUCCCUCGCGGGCGCCGCGAAGCCGGUCGCGAAAGACGCGAAGGCGGCCGCGGCCCGGGCCGCCGCGUCCCGGGACGCGCACGCGCGGCUCCGGGCCGCGAAGCGCGCCGUCGAGGACCGCGUCUACGCCGGCUUCGCCGAGAAGCACGACGUCGACGUCGAGUCCCUCCUCGGCGACGCGGGCGGGUCCGCGGCGGCGGCGGCGCGCGACGACGAGGCCGCGCUCGCGCGGCUCCGCGCGCGCGCGGCGACGCUCCGCGCGGCCUACGACUACGAGGCGUCGCGCGACCUCGCCGGCCGCGCGGCGGCCGUCGAGGACAAGCUCCGGGACGGGCGGAAGAAGCUCAAGGGCCUGAAGAAGGACGCGGCCAAGGUCGAGAAGGCGCAGAGCUCCGCGGAGCGGGGCCUCGGCGGCCUCGACGGCGAGGUCGCCGACGCCCGGGCCGCCUACGAGGCGGCCCAGGCCGAGCUCGGCGACCUCCGCGCGGAGCGGAGCGCCGCCGGCGCCGACCGCGCGGCUGCGCGGCGGGCCAUCGACGCGGGCGAAUCGGCGCUCGACAAGCUCCGGUCGUCGCUCGCGGAGAUCGUGCGCAAGGCCAAGGUCGAGCACGUGCUCCUGCCGGUCCGCGACGCCGAGAACGAGGCCCCCGGGUCCGCGCCCCACGCGACGGGCGUCGCCGAGGCCGACGCCGUCGACGCGUCGCGCCUCGACGGCGACGACGACGGCGACGCGGGCCGCCACGAGGACCGCCAGAGGGCGCGCUGGGCGCGCUGCGAGGCGCUCCAGCGCGAGUUGGAUGCUUUAGCGCCGAACAUGAAGGCCGGCGACCAGUUCGACGACGUGUCGGACAAGCUGCGCGUCGCGGACGGCGCGCUGAACCGGUCGCGCGACGCCGCGCGCGACGCGGCCGCGGCCUUCGAGCGCGUCAAGAAGGACCGGCGCGACGCGUUCCUCGCCUGCUUCGACGUCGUCUCCAAGGCCCUCGCGUCCUUCUACGCCGACAUCACGAAGUCGCUGCGCCACCCGAACGGCGGCGCCGCGUCGCUCCACGUGCUCGACGCCGACGAGCCCUACCUCGGCGGCGUCUCCUUCCACGCGACGCCGCCGUCGAAGCGCUUCUGCGAGAUCUCGCAGCUCAGCGGCGGCGAGCGCACGCUCGCGUCCCUCGCGCUCCUCUUCGCGGUCCACGGCUACCACCCCGCGCCCUGGACGCCCUCGGCCGCGCCCGCGGGCGACCCGACGGCCUCGCUCGCGGGCGACCCGACGGUCGCGCCCGCGGCCAUGGCCAUGGGCACGCCCGCGGGCACGCCCGCGGCGGACCCGACGGCCGCGCGCACGUCCAUGCCCUUGGACGACUUCGAUGCCCCCUUCAUGAUCAUGGACGAGGUCGACGCGGCGCUGGACAACGUCAACGUCGCCAAGCUCGCCAACUUCAUCAAGCACCAGGCGAAAGGGCUCCAGAUCAUCGCCGUGUCCCUCAAGGACCAGUUCUACACGGAGGCCGAGGCCCUCGUCGGCGUCGCGAAGGACCUCUCCGCGGCGAGCUCGAAGCCCUUCUGCCUCGACCUCGCCAAGUACCAGCAGGUCGCGGCCUAGGGGCGCGCGCACAAGGCGCCGCCCCCCCCAUGUUGUUGUUGUAACACAAGCGCAAGC